CACCGCCCGUCGGUCGGUCGUGGUUUCCUGGCUGCGCGCGACGGUGGCGGAGUGGCUGCAGCUUUAGCAGCAGCCACGAAGAUGGCGGACGGGUUGGAGCGUGUCCGGAUCUCCGCGUCGGAGCUGCGAGGGAUCCUGGCCACUCUGGCUCCGCAGGCCGGGAGCAGAGAAAACAUGAAGGAGCCCAGGCAGCGCAAAGAUAAUAGGCGCCCAGAUCUGGAAAUCUAUAAACCUGGUCUCUCUCGACUAAGGAAUAAAACUAAAAUCAAGGAACCCUCUGGGAGUGAUGAAUUUAAGGAUGAAAUUGUAAAUGACAGAGAUUCUUCCGCUAUUAGAAAUGGUACCCAGCUCAUUAAAGAUGUCUGCAAGGAAUUGGACAACCAACAGCAAAAUGGUCCUGUAGACCCAGAAAAUAUUCGGGCACAGGAGUCCUUUCCUAGGACUGCUGGAUCAGAGGAUAGAAGUCUAAGAAUUAUCAAGAGAACAAAAAAACCUGACAUGCAGAUCUAUCAGCCUGGGAGGCGUUUACAGACUGUUACUAAGGAGUUGACUAACCGGGCAGAUGAGGAAGACAUCCUCAGCCAGGUAGAACAGUUGAGAGUAGAAGAUGAUGAAUGUAGGGGAAAUACAAAAGAGGAGGCUGUGAAUAAAACAGACAAAGGUGAGGCAGAAAAGAACCUAAAUGGUGACAGAGUAAGGGCUUCAAAGGGUGAAAAAGGAAAGAGGACUGAAAAAGGAGAGGGGAUGAUGAAAAAAGUGAGUGAUGACCCUGCACAGGGCAAGCCCGGUUCUGCACGGAGAUACUCCCGCUCAGACAAACGAAGGAACCGCUACCGCACUUGCAGUACCAGCUCUGCAGGUAGCAACAACAGUGCUGAGGGGACUGGCCUGACUGACAGUGGGUGUCGUCGUAGGCGGCAGGAUCGAACCAAGGAGAGACCACGAUUGAAGAAGCAAGUAUCUAUGUCCUCCACUGACUCCUUAGAUGAGGACAGAAUUGAUGAGCCGGAUGGGUCCAGGAGGAACUCUGAAAGAAAGAAACAUUUAGAAAGAAGCUGGUCUAGCCAUGGGGAGGGAGAGCAGAAAAGCAAUGGCAAAGAAAAUCGAGGAACUCUUCGUGUCACCUUUGACGCAGAAACCAUGAACAAAGAUUCCCCUAUGGUGAGGUCAGCCAGAGAGGAUGCAGACAGGAUAAAGACUGACAAAGCUUUGAGCAGUGGGGCCAAAGGCUGUGAGCAGCAGGAUUCCAAAAACCUGAAACAAGAACUUCGGGGUCGUGGCCGUGGCAUUCUGAUUCUGCCUGCCCAUACCAGCUUAUCUGUCAGUUCAGCUGGUUCUCCAGAGUCUACACCUGUAGGACCUCGGCUUUUAUUUGGAUCUGGUAAUAAGGGAUCUCGGAGUUGGGGCCGUGGAGCCACCACCCGACGAUUAUGGGACCCUAACAAUCCUGAUCAAAAACCUGCUCUAAAGAGCCAGACACCCCAGCUACAUUUCUUGGACACUGAUGAUGAAGUCAGUCCUACAUCUUGGGGUGAUUCACGCCAGGCCCAAGCAUCUUAUUAUAAGUUUCAAAAUUCUGAUAAUCCCUAUUAUUACCCCCGGACACCAGGCCCUGCCUCCCAGUAUCCUUAUACAGGCUAUAGCCCUCUGCAGUACCCAAUGGGCCCUACAAAUGGUGUGUACCCAGGACCUUACUACCCAGGUUUCCCAACUCCAUCAGGACAGUAUGUUUGUAGCCCUCUCCCUGCCAGCACGAUGAGUCCUGAGGAGGUGGAACAACACAUGAGAAAUAUGCAGCAACAGGAGUUACAUAGACUUCUCCGGGUAGCUGACAACCAGGAACUGCAGCUCAGCAAUCUGCUCUCCAGGGACCGCAUCAGCCCUGAGGGCCUGGAGAAGAUGGCUCAGCUCAGAGCUGAGCUGCUGCAGCUAUAUGAGCGCUGUAUUCUGUUAGAUAUUGAAUUCUCUGAUAAUCAGAAUGUGGAUCAGAUCCUGUGGAAGAAUGCUUUCUAUCAGGUGAUUGAGAAGUUCAGACAGCUUCUCAAGGAUCCGAAUGUUGACAACCCAGAACAGAUUCGGAACAGACUUUUGGAGCUUUUGGAUGAGGGGAGUGACUUCUUUGAUAGUUUGCUUCAGAAGCUGCAGGUUACUUACAAGUUCAAACUUGAGGACUACAUGGAUGGUCUUGCCAUUCGCAGCAAGCCAUUACGCAAGACAGUAAAAUAUGCUUUGAUCAGUGCCCAGCGAUGUAUGAUUUGCCAAGGAGAUAUUGCUAGGUAUCGGGAACAAGCCAAUGACACAGCAAACUAUGGGAAAGCACGCAGUUGGUACCUGAAGGCCCAGCACAUUGCUCCCAAGAAUGGACGUCCCUAUAACCAGUUGGCUUUGCUGGCAGUGUAUACGAGGAGGAAGCUUGAUGCUGUGUAUUACUAUAUGCGCAGUUUAGCUGCCAGCAACCCUAUCCUUACUGCCAAGGAGAGUCUCAUGAGUUUGUUUGAAGAAACCAAACGAAAGGCAGAACAGAUGGAAAAGAAGCAACAUGAGGAAUUAGAACUGAGCCCAGACCAAUGGAGGAAAGGAAAGAAGUCAACUUUCCGCCAUGUUGGAGAUGACACCACUCGCUUGGAAAUCUGGAUUCAUCCAUCCCAUCCCCGGUCCUCUCAGGGCACUGAGUCUGGGAAGGAUUCUGAGCAGGAGAAUGGGCUGGUCAGCUUGAGUCCCAGUGAACUGAACAAAAGGUUCAUCCUCAGUUUUCUCCAUGCCCAUGGGAAGCUGUUUACCCGGAUUGGGAUGGAGACAUUCCCUGCAGUGGCUGAGAAAGUCCUCAAGGAGUUCCAGGUCUUACUGCAGCAUAGUCCCUCUCCUAUUGGAAGUACCCGCAUGCUGCAGCUAAUGACUAUCAACAUGUUUGCUGUACACAACUCCCAGUUGAAAGACUGCUUCUCAGAGGAAUGUCGUUCUGUGAUCCAGGAGCAAGCUGCAGCCCUUGGCUUGGCCAUGUUUUCUCUCCUAGUGCAGCGGUGCACCUACUUGCUGAAGGAAUCUGCCAAAGCUCAGCUGUCCUCUCUCGAGGACGAGGAUGACCAAGAUGACAUCAAGGUGUCGUCCUUCGUGCCGGACCUGAAGGAACUGCUUCCCAGUGUGAAAGUCUGGUCAGAUUGGAUGCUCGGCUACCCAGACACCUGGAAUCCUCCACCCACAUCUCUGGACCUGCCCUCACAGGUUGCUGUGGAUGUGUGGUCAAUGCUGGCUGAUUUCUGUAACAUAUUGACUGCCGUGAAUCAGUCUGAGGUGCCACUGUACAAGGAUCCGGAUGAUGACCUCACCCUUCUUAUCCUGGAAGAAGAUCGGCUUCUCUCGGGCUUUGUCCCCUUGCUGGCAGCCCCUCAGGACCCCUGCUACGUGGAGAAAACCUCGGAUAAGGUUAUUGCAGCAGACUGCAAAAGGGUCACGGUGCUGAAGUAUUUUCUGGAAGCCCUUUGUGGACAAGAAGAGCCUCUGCUGGCAUUCAAGGGUGGAAAAUAUGUGUCAGUGGCACCCGUCCCAGACACCAUGGGAAAGGAAAUGGGAAGCCAAGAGGGAAAACAACUGGAAGAUGAGGAGGAAGAUGUAGUGGUUGAAGACUUCGAAGAAGAUUCAGAAGCUGAAGGCAGCGGGGGUGAGGAUGACAUCCGAGAACUUCGAGCCAAAAAGCUGGCUCUGGCCAGGAAGAUAGCUGAGCAGCAGCGUCGCCAAGAAAAGAUCCAGGCCGUCCUGGAGGACCAGAGUCAGAUGAGGCAGAUGGAGCUCGAGAUCAGACCCCUGUUCCUUGUACCAGACACCAACGGCUUCAUUGACCACCUGGCCAGUCUGGCACGGCUGCUGGAGAGCAGGAAGUACAUCCUGGUGGUGCCCCUUAUCGUGAUCAAUGAGUUGGACGGCCUGGCUAAGGGGCAGGAGACAGACCACCGGGCUGGGGGCUAUGCCCGUGUGGUGCAGGAAAAGGCCCGGAAGUCCAUCGAAUUCCUCGAGCGACGAUUCGAGAGUCGGGACUCUUGCCUACGGGCCCUGACCAGCCGUGGCAAUGAACUGGAAUCCAUCGCCUUCCGCAGUGAGGACAUCACUGGCCAGCUGGGUAACAACGACGACCUGAUCCUCUCCUGCUGCCUCCACUACUGCAAAGACAAGGCUAAGGACUUCAUGCCCACCAACAAAGAGGAGCCGAUACGGCUACUGCGGGAGGUGGUGCUGUUGACAGAUGACCGCAACCUGCGUGUGAAGGCGCUGACAAGGAAUGUGCCUGUGCGGGACAUCCCGGCCUUCCUCACGUGGGCCCAGGUGGGCUGAGUGGGCCACGCUGGGGCCCACCCCCCAUGGAACCGUUCCUGAGAGGCCACCAGGCGCCCAGUGUAGCACAGAAGAUGCCCACGUGCCUGAGCCACCAAUCCACCCAGACAAUAAACCAUCCUCUUCCAACCCACGCCGUGGCCGUGCUGUGGGGGAGCUGCCCCUCACAGAGCCCCUCCCAAGGGUUGGGCAGAAGCUGCUGGGACCCUCGUGGGCUGCCGAGAUUGAGCUGGGAAGUGGCUGGCCGCAGCGACAGCAGGUGGGCCAGCCAGAUAGGCCGCCCAUGCUCUCAGCCUUCCUCCCUCCCCUGUCUAGUACCAUUGCUGGGGGGAGGCCGCCUCAGCCACUUUCUCUGGUGGAGGUGAGGCAGAGGGUUUAGAGUUUCCAUCAGAUGCAGGUGAGGUCAAAGAUCCCUUCACUCUUCUCAGUAGCCUUGUCCUGAUGUGUCCAAGAAGCUUUAUUCAUGACAUGAAAAAAGCCCAGGGUAUGUCUCUCUCCCUGAGGCCUGGAUUUCCCUAUGGGCCCUUGCUGGGUUCUGGACACCAUGUCCCUAACAGCAGACCUAGACCCUCCCCUCUUCUACCCCAAACACAACCAUCCUGCCCUUCUUCUUCCCUAUCAAUCUGGGCUCAUUGCCCUUUGCUACUUGUUUUGCCCUUGGAUGGUCAUGGGUCUAGAGGGAAAAGGCGUCUGGUCUCGGGCCCAUACUUCCUGGGUGGCCUUUGCCUGCUCCCUCUCUCCUCACUGACCUUCCUUUUGUUCGUUUCCCCAAGAAAUUUCCUCAGAUUCUUCUCAGUUAUGCCCUCUCCUCUCCUGGCCUAUCUCGCUCCCUCCUGGGCCAUCCCCCUCACCCUCUUGCCUACUCUAAUCCUCUAACUGUCCUCGUCCUCUGUUUCCUCACUCAGUUCUUUGCCAUGGGGGUUCUUACACUGAAUCUUCCUCCUCUGGGGCCUGUGGCAGGAAGCUAAUAAAACUGUUCCACUCCUGCCCUUCUUUCCCGACCCCUGUGGCCCUAGAAACUUCCAGGCUUGUGUAGCCCAGCCUGAAGGUAGGGUGGGCCAAAGCCUAGUCUGGAGUUUUCAUCCGUCCUGUUUCUAGCUUUGCCUAGACUUUGACACAGGGACCCUUUAGCCUUUGAGUUUAUGUUGCCUCUUUAACUGGCACCUGUGUUUAAAGCCAGGAAUGUGUUCUUCAAACCCAGGGACAGGAGUGAGAGGGACUUAGAGAAAGAGAGGGUUUUGAGAAGGAGAAAGGAGUAGAUUUUGAUAACCGGUGGGGGAAUCUCCUAGAGCCCCUCUGACUGUCCAGACUGUACCGCCCCUGCCCGGAGGAUGGGAGGAAGUCUGUUACCUCCCCAAGAACCAAAAUGAUGCCAGAAGGAGGGGAGACUACAGGAGAGCCAUGGGGUAAAUGCCCCGCAGUUUGGGGUGUAAACCCCCCAGGGCCUCAGCAGACUGGGCUCUGGAGUAAAGGUUCCCCCAGCCUCUCUUCUGAGAGCCUCUUCCCUGGAUGAAGGCUGAUGAGUCGGUGGGAGGCUGUGGUGGGAGGGUGUGAAAGACCUGUCUCUCCUUUCUGUCCCAUUUGCAGCACUGGUUUUGUUUCCUUAAUAAAUUUUUAGUUAUGAAACGUACUUGACCUCU